UCUUCGAAAAGCGGACGUGGCAAUCUAAAGGUAGCGGACGACGCAAAGCGCGCAAAUCAAUCACAAAUUUUGUUUGGACUCUCAAAAAAACGUUAUCAGUGGACUACAGUGUUUCAGUGUGUGAGCAAGAGAGAGAAGGAUAUACGAAAGCAACAAGCGACAAGCAAAAGAAAAAACAAAACAACAACAAGCAACAGUAAAAGAAGUGAUAAAGGAGGCGGCCUGAAGGCCAACACCGAGCACCGCGCCGUUUCCCCCCGUGCACAACCCGUGCACCGCACCCCGCUUCGAGGGCGCCGUCUAAAAGUUUUUUCGCCUAGCCCCGAGCAGCGCUUCUGUAGGCGCAAAAGGCCGCAACCAUUCCUAUGCCAGCCCGCAAGGGGCUGUUAGCGCCCCAAAACACAUUCCUGGACACAAUUGCCACACGCUUCGAUGGCACGCACUCGAACUUUGUGCUCGGCAAUGCGCAGGCAAAUGGCAAUCCAAUUGUUUAUUGCUCGGAUGGGUUCGUGGAUUUGACAGGAUAUUCACGCGCGCAAAUUAUGCAAAAGGGCUGCUCAUGUCAUUUCCUUUACGGGCCGGAUACAAAGGACGAGCACAAACAGCAAAUUGAGAAAAGUCUCUUAAGCAAAAUGGAACUAAAGUUGGAAGUUAUUUUCUACAAAAAGGAAGGUGCUCCAUUUUGGUGUCUGUUUGAUAUUGUGCCCAUUAAGAAUGAGAAGCGCGAUGUCGUCCUGUUCCUUGCCUCGCACAAGGACAUCACACACACCAAGAUGCUGGAGAUGAAUGUGAACGAGGAAUGUGAUAGCGUUUUUGCCCUUACAGCUGCACUCCUGGGCGCUAGAUUUCGUGCCGGCUCAAAUGCCGGCAUGCUCGGGUUGGGCGGUCUCCCCGGCUUGGGUGGCCCAGCAAAUGGCGAUGGAGGCGACGCGGAGGCCGGCGAGGGUAAUAAUUUGGAUGUACCUGCCGGCUGUAAUAUGGGACGACGCCGAAGUCGUGCGGUGCUCUAUCAGCUAUCCGGUCAUUACAAGCCCGAAAAGGGCGGCGUCAAGACCAAAUUAAAGCUGGGAAAUAAUUUCAUGCAUUCAACUGAGGCUCCGUUUCCCGAAUACAAGACGCAAUCGAUAAAGAAGUCUCGCUUAAUUCUUCCCCAUUAUGGCGUAUUCAAAGGCAUCUGGGAUUGGGUUAUACUGGUCGCAACCUUCUAUGUGGCAUUGAUGGUGCCAUACAAUGCGGCAUUUGCCAAAGCGGAUCGCCAGACUAUGGUUUCCGAUGUGAUUGUGGAGGCGCUUUUCAUUGUAGAUAUUUUAUUGAAUUUCCGAACAACCUUUGUCUCGCGCAAAGGUGAAGUCGUAUCCAAUUCCAAGCAGAUUGCCAUCAAUUAUUUCCGUGGAUGGUUUGCUUUGGAUUUAUUGGCUGCCCUGCCCUUUGAUCAUCUAUAUGCAUCCGAUUUGUACGACGGCGAGGAAUCGCAUAUUCAUCUUGUCAAAUUGACGCGUCUGCUGCGACUGGCGAGGCUAUUGCAAAAAAUUGAUCGAUAUUCACAGCACACGGCCAUGAUUUUGACUUUGUUGAUGUUCUCCUUUACACUGGCGGCCCACUGGCUGGCCUGCAUCUGGUAUGUCAUUGCGGUAAAGGAGUACGAGUGGUUUCCCGAGAGCAACAUUGUCUUGUUCACAGGUUGGCUGCAGCUGCUCGCCGAGAGAAAGAAUGCCUCCGUUGCCAUACUGACAACGGCGGAAACUUACUCGACUGCGUUGUAUUUCACAUUCACCAGUCUCACUUCGGUGGGAUUUGGCAAUGUGUCGGCGAAUACAACGGCCGAGAAGGUCUUCACCAUUAUAAUGAUGUUGAUUGGCGCUCUGAUGCAUGCUGUGGUGUUCGGUAACGUGACGGCCAUUAUACAACGCAUGUACUCACGUCGCUCCCUUUAUGAGAGCAAAUGGCGGGACCUGAAGGAUUUCGUGGCUCUGCAUAAUAUGCCCAAGGAGCUGAAGCAGCGCAUUGAGGACUACUUUCAAACGUCAUGGUCACUCAGCCAUGGCAUUGAUAUCUACGAGACGCUGCGCGAAUUUCCGGAGGAGCUGCGAGGCGAUGUCUCCAUGCAUCUACAUCGUGAAAUAUUACAGCUGCCGAUAUUUGAGGCUGCCUCUCAGGGUUGCUUGAAAUUGUUGUCGCUGCACAUAAAGACAAACUUCUGUGCACCCGGCGAAUACUUAAUACACAAAGGCGAUGCACUCAACUAUAUAUACUAUCUGUGCAAUGGCUCCAUGGAGGUGAUCAAAGACGAUAUGGUUGUUGCCAUUUUGGGUAAGGGCGAUCUCGUGGGUUCGGAUAUAAAUGUGCAUCUGGUUGCGACCAGCAACGGACAAAUGACCGCCACCACCAACAGCGCUGGACAGGAUGUUGUCGUCCGCAGCAGCAGCGACAUAAAGGCGCUCACCUACUGCGAUCUGAAGUGCAUCCAUAUGGGCGGUCUGGUUGAGGUGCUGCGACUUUAUCCAGAGUACCAGCAGCAGUUUGCCAACGACAUACAGCACGACUUGACGUUCAAUUUGCGCGAAGGGUACGAGAAUCAGGAAUCAGAUAUUGGACCCACAUUUCCAUUGCCCAGCAUCAGUGAGGAUGACGAGAAUCGAGAGGAUGGUGACUGCGCCGGGGAACAGGACAAGGAGAAUGGCAAUGGCGGUGGUGCGGGCGGUGCAGGAGCUGCAGCCGGUGGCCCGAUGUCCGCCUCCCCAUCGCCGCAUCACAGCAUCAGCCGUUCGCCGCUGUUGGGCAUGAGUAGUCCGCGACAUCAGCGAUUACAUCAGCGUGGUCGCUCUUUGAUUACGUUGCGCGAGACGAACAAGCGACAGCGUCCUUUGAAUAUGGCCAACAGCUUGGAUCGCGGCUCUUUCGAGGAGGUGGAGCCCCUCGCAGAGGAGGAGGGAAGUGGCGGUGGUAAGCGGCCCUCGCUUGAGCGCCUUGAUUCGCAGGUAUCGACGCUGCAUCAGGAUGUCGCGCAGCUGAGCGUUGAGGUGCGCAAUGCCAUUAGCGCCCUACAGGAAAUGACCUAUUCAUCGUCGGCCGCGAUGAACUCUCAUGGUUCACUCAAGUUUCCCCCCGCUCGCUCCAUACCCAACAUCAGUGGCGUUGCCGCAGGGCAACGUCUGGGUUUGGCUGCUGGCUGUGAUGUGCCAUUGAUGGAUGGCAAUCUGGCGAUGGCAGCCAGCGAGGCUGCUGCCAUGCAACGUUGCCUUUCACAUCCGCCCGAAGUUUGGGGCCGUGAAAUGCAGUUGCAACCAUCGAUUGCCACGGUCACGGCGCCCAGCUCGAAGGCCGCAUCGCCGGCCAGUGUAGAGGCCACGACGAAGACGAGUCGCAGCUGUCAAACCGAUUUCUAUCGCAUUGAUUUUCCCACCUUCGAGCGCUUUGUGCUGGCAAAUCCGCGUUUAGUGCUCGGCCUGCUGGGCAUUGAGCCGGCCAUCAAGAAUGAAAUUGAGUUGCUGCAACAGAAGCAGACCUUGCAAAUUUCGCCCUUGAAUACAAUCGAUGAGUGCGUUUCGCCGCUGGCCGUGGAGCCGAGUUUAAGCAGCUCCAAGGAGCGUUUGCUUGGUACUCAAGCGCCAACGGCAGGACGCGUCUAUCCGCCGUUGGAUGAUGAGAAUUCCAACGACUUCCGCUGGACUAUGAAGCAUUCCGCUAGUCAUCAGAGCUGCUGCAAGAGCACCGAUGCGCUUCUGAGCACCGAGGAACAGGCAUUGGUUGGCCAAGAGCAACAACAGUUGCACGAACAGCAGCAGCAGCAGUUGUUGCAACAACAGCAGCAGCAACAGCAGCAGCCGCAGCGCAGCAAACGCAGCAUGCGACGCAGUGGCAGCGGAGGCAGCAACUCAAGUCUGUCGAGCAGCAGUUCCAGUUCAAAUUGCCUCGUCUCACAGAGCACCGGCAAUCUAACCACCACCAAUGCAUCGGUGCACUGCAGCAACAGCACGCACAGUGUGGCAAAUACGCGACGUGCCUCCUGGAAGUUGCAACACUCUCGCAGCGGCGAAUAUCGCCGUCUAUCCGAGGCGAAUGCGGAGUACUCGCCGCCAGCCAAAUUACCCCUGGCCAUGCCCAUGACGGUGGCAGCUGCUGUCGGUUAUGGACAGGACGAUGAGGAGGAAAGUGUGGAGCUGUUGGGACCGAGACGCGGCUCACGCAGCAGCAGCGUCGCCAUGGUUGAUGUGGGCAGCGGUGAGCCAGGGAAUGGCAAUGGCAUUGGCAUUGUCACUGCCACGAAUGUGACAACGGGCAACACCACGAGCAACGGCAAACAGCAGCGAAGUCGUGUGCUGUUGGGCGUUAACCAGGCGCAGGCACAAACAAUGAGUUUUCGCUUUUCAGCCGGCGAUGCGGACAAAUUGGAGAAAGGACUUCGCGGUCUGCCAUCCACGCGCUCCCUCAGAGAUCCCAGCGUCAAAUAAGGCGAACGACCGAACAUUGUUUAUGGCUGGCAUUUGUGUUUUGGCAGCUGGCAGUGGAAUUGGAGAGGGACGGACGUGUGCAUGUAGAUGGGAGUUGAGAGGAAUCUCCAAUGUUUGCCAUAUGUAGACAGACAGAGAGAAAGAGAGAGAGAGGGACGUGUCUGUAUUCGUGUAUUCGUUUACAUGCAUGCCGACGUGCGUGAUUUAUUUCCUAAUUAAUACUGAAAUACGAAGACGCUUGUACUUUUAAUAUCUUUAAGAUACAGUUACAACACACUAAAACACACACACACACAUAUAUACACACAACUAGCAGACUUCGGUUUGAUUAUCAAUUUAGCAGUAAAUAAGUUUUGUUCGAUUUGCUUAAUUUGAUGCUGAGAGCUAGAUUAACUAAUGAAACUGAUUGCCGACAGCUGUUUCAGUUAGUCAGCAGAAAGUUGCUUCAAGCUCCGAUAUUACUUUCAUAUCCUGAGCCUACAAUUGAUCAUAAAAUUUUAGAUUUAAGUAGCUUUCAAAGAACUUCUACUUUAGUGUAAGCAAAUGAUCAACAUUAACACUACAUACAUAUUAAUUGAUAGCAUAUCAGAUGAUCACAAACAUAUUCUAUUUUUUGAUGAUGCAAAUAACUCAAGUGUAUCUUUGGGGCUGUCAACGAGAAGUGCAAAAGAAAAGUUCAAUAAAUCGAAAAUAUAUUUAUCUGUCAUUGCAUUUAUGCAUAACACUCUCAUAUUAAAACAAUUGCAAUUAAAAUAGUAGUAUUAACAAUUCAAUGCAUAUAAACAAAAAUAUAAUAUAUCUGAAUGUUAAAUGUCAACUACAGGAAAAUUGGUGUAUUUAUGUAUAAUAUGGAAACAUCUAUAUACAUUAAUAGAUUUUAUGUUUGUUGCGAACAAUUUAAAAAUAUAAACAAAUUAGACCUAAACAUGUUGAGAAAAUUCGUGUCAAGUUUAAUAGUUAGGUUGCGUGUAAGAUAUAAAUUUUUAGCUGGUUGAAAAAAUAUAAAAACAAAAGUGAAGCGAAGAAUAUAUUAAAUAUUUAUAAAUAAACAAAAUAAAUAAAAUCUAAGUUAUUUGACAAUCGUUUGCGCUAAAAAAUGAACAACAACAAGAAAUUACUAUUUUGCUUAUAAAGUGAAAUAAUUGAAUUUGUGAUUUCAAAAUAUAUCUGUAGAAUGUUUAGAGGGGCAUGCAACAUCUAUUUUUUUAAGAAAUGCCAAUGAAAAUAUCAGUGAAAGUUGAUAAGGUGUAAAUACUAAUUAAACAAAUUCUAUGUUAAUACUCUUAAGUGAUAGUUGAUAAAUAAAUAAUCUGGUGUAAAUACCGCUAAAGAUAAGGAACUCUGUAAAUUUCUAAACGUUUAUUGUAUAUAUGUAUAUUCAUAUUGUAAAUGUUCCCAACAAACUAUAAAGACUUGUGCUUCAUUCUAUGCUCGAUGUAAGGCACUCUACGAUAAUACUAUAUUAAAUUUAAACAAAAAGUACAUACGACUUUUAUAUGUACUUGUAUAUUAAACAAAAAAAUAGAAAGAAAUACAUAUAUACAGAUACUCGAUGUGUUUUAACCGGACGAAACUUCAGCUUAAACAUAAGCAGCAUCAAUUGUAAUUGUAUGUACUGUAGUUUUAAAGUAAAAUAAUAUAUUUAUAUAUACUAUAUAGUAUAUAAAAAUACUCUAUCUAUGUUAUAGAUUUUGGUCAAUAAGUUCAGCGGGGAGCUCUUGAACGUUUUUAAAUGUUUUAAUUAAUGUUAUUACACAAAAAGAAAAAGAACAAAUGAAAUAUUCAAU